UCCAUAGGAGAUAGGAGGAAGGAGAAGGUGAAACUAAGGAUGGCUGAGGAGCAAAGACUUGUAGUUCCAAGGGUGAAACUGGGUAAUCAAGGGCUAGAGGUCUCCAAAUUAGGAUUUGGAUGUAUGGAGCUUUCUGGUGGCUACAACGCCCCUGUCCCUGAAGAAGUUGGCAUAUCAAUCAUCAAGGAAGCAUUCAAUAGAGGGAUUACAUUUUUCGAUACUGCUGAUGUUUAUGGGCCUAACACUAAUGAAAUCUUGAUCGGCAAGGCAUUGAAGCAAUUGCCUAGAGAGAAGAUCCAGUUGGCCACAAAAUUUGGUAUUGUUUUCAAGAACAGUGAUCUUAAGACUGCGUCGUUUAAUGGCAAACCUAAAUACGUUCGUGCAUGCUGUGAGGCUAGCUUAAAGCGUCUUGAUGUGGACUAUAUUGACCUUUACUAUCAACAUCGCAUCGACCCUUCAGUCCCAAUAGAGGAAACUAUGGGAGAACUUAAGAAGUUAGUGGAAGAAGGGAAAAUUAAGUACAUAGGACUUUCUGAGCCAAGUCCUGACACCAUAAAGAGAGCAAACGCAGUUCACCCCAUCACUGCACUGCAAAUAGAAUGGUCACUUUGGUCUCGCGACCUCGAGGAACAAAUAAUCCCUCUUUGCAGGGAACUUGGAAUUGGAAUAGUUCCAUAUAGCCCUCUGGGUCAGGGCUUUUUUGCUGGCAAAGCAGUAGUGGAAAGCGUGCCUUCAGACACUCUGCUGAAAUUCUUCCCAAGAUUCACAGAAGAAAAUUUAGAACAGAAUAAGGUAUUAUAUAGGAGAGUAGAAAAUUUAGCUAAAAAAUAUGGAUGCAGUCCUGCUCAGCUUGCCCUUGCUUGGGUUCUCAAUCAAGGAGAUGAUGUGGUUCCCAUCCCUGGCACAACAAAGAUUAAGAAUCUGGAUGACAACAUUGGAGCAUUGAGAAUUAAGCUGACAAAAGAUGAGUUUAAGGAAGUCUCUGAUGCGGUUCCAGCCGACCAAGUUGCUGGGUUGCGAACUCUGCACGUCCAGUAUACUGGCAAUACUCCCCCACCAAGCCAAGUGUGAAGUCUCAACCUGAGACGUCGAUCCUAGCAAUU